AUGAAUACAAGUUACAUGUCUAAUUCGUCACCCAAUGCGAUUCCGAGAAAUAAAUAUCUCGAUUCCUUAAUGGAUUUUUCAACGCCAAUGAGUGGCACAUCGAAACAUCCUUUCGAUCUCAGUGAGAGUUCAACAGUGAUAGAAAUGAACGGCAAGCAUCAGCAGGAGACCAUUGUCGAUCAACUUCAACAAAAAUUUCGAGAACAUCAAAUGAAUUUCCGUCAGACGCAAACUUAUCUUCAUUCCUUGGAUGAACACUUACGUGAAUUGGCCACCAUUCUCAAUCAAUUACAACAAUCCUUCGAUUACCAUUCGUUACUCAAACCAACUGCUGAACAAUUAGAAACUCGACUGUUACAAAUGUCGACGAAACGCGAACAGAUUCGCUUGAUGGCAAAGAAUCUGUAUCAGUCACCAACCAUUUCUCAAACAUUGAACGAUAUCAUUCAACAAAUUUCACCUUCGUCAUCAAAAUUGCCAUCAUCGAUGACGGAUUAUUACAGUGAAUUGAUCAAUGCUGUACGAUUGAGUAUGAAUCAAAAGAAUAAUCUUAUCGAACGCUUUCAUCAUGAACAAAUCCAUCGAAAACAUCGAACGAAUGAUCACCAUUUGAAAGUUCAACAACGUCAAGAAAUACUUUUGCGAUUAAUCGAAAAACUUCAUGAGCAACACAAACAGAAUGAAAAGUCCAUUGAAAUAAUUUCAAUCGACAAACCACAAUUCGAUCAUCAUAACGAACAAUUAACAGAACUGAAUAAACUCAUCGAUGAAUAUCAAAUCCUUCAAGAUGAAAAUCGUUUGUUGAAGUCUCGAGCGAAAGAAAAUAUUAAAGCACUUUAUACAGUUAUCAAUCAGGCAGUAGAAUAG